AACAUGGAGGAAACUGGUUUUCUCCCCAUUGUUGUGGCUAUGCUUGAUGGUCUAUGUAAUGAUGGUCAGUUUAAAGAAGCCUUAAGAAUUUUUGAUUUCAUGAAGAAGAAAGGAACCAUUCCUGGGGUUGUCCUAUACACAAAUGUAGUGGAGCUCUACACUAAGGCCCACGAGGCUGAUGAUGCCAAAAGGAUUUUCAGGCAAAUGCGGAGUAGUGGCAAUUCACCCAAUGCUUUCAGUUACAAUGUGCUCAUACAAGGACUCUGCGAAUGUAGCAGAUUACAAGAUGCUUUUGAAUUUUGUGUGGAGAUGUUAGAAGUAGGUCAUUCUCCAAAUGUGACAACUUUUGUGGGUCUAGUAGAGGGCUUCUGCAAGGAAAAGGGGGUUGAAGAAGCAAAGGAUGCUAUCAGAACAUUAACAGAAAAGAGUUUUGUAGUUAAAGAGAAAGCUGUUAGGCAAUUUUUGAACAAGAAAGCACCAUUUUCACCCUCAGUUUGGGAGGCCAUCUUUGGGAAGAAAGCCGCAUAG